AUGGCCAAGAACCCAGUUGAAACUUGGCAGACAAAGGCCGAAGUGCCAAGACGAAUUCGCGAUGAGUCGGUAGCCAAGGUCCAACCUCCGCUCUCUGGCAUCCCUGACCCCCUCCCCUUGAACUGCCAGGGUCUCCCCAAGCUUGUUCUCACCCCUCGGGAGCUGGAGCUCACCGAGUCCUACUCCGUGGAGCAACUACUCGCUCAACUCCGCAGUCGAAAACUCUCGUCCGAGGAGCUCACGAGGGCGUUCCUCCGCCGAGCCGCGCUCGCACAUGUAGUCACAAACUGCCUCACAGAACUACUAUGGGACGAUGCUAUUGAGCGCGCCCGUUACCUGGAUUCUUUACCCGAGCCCAUCGGUCCCUUGCACGGGCUCCCCAUCUCCAUCAAGGAGCAUCAGGGAACACUGGGUAAGAACAAGACGUCCAACGCUUCUUAUGUUUCCUACAUUGGAAAGCCCCAGGGCUCGACGCUUCUGUGCGAUAUCCUCUGGGAUGCAGGGUGUGUUCACUUUGCCCGCACAACGCAGCCACAGGCAAUCAUGCAUCUAGAGACGGAGAGCAACAUUUAUGGACGGACUGUGAACCCGUACAACAGAGACGUGACGCCUGGAGGAAGCAGCGGCGGCGAAAGCGCACUGCUCGGUAUCCGAGGUAGUCUUUUCGGAGUUGGCGGAGACAUUGGAGGAAGCAUCCGAGUUCCCGCUGCUCACUGUGGAGUUUAUGGUUUCAAGCCAUCAGCACAGAGACUGCCUAUCGCUGGUGGGACCGGCCACAUGUUUGGACGGGAAUGUAUUCUCGCCACCAACGCCCCGAUUACGGCCGAUCGAGACUCCCUCGAGCUGUUCAUGAGGGUUGUGGUUGAUGCACAGCCGUGGCGCCUAGAGCCCUCUGUCCGGUACCAGCAUUGGGUACCUUAUAAGUUCACCAAACCCCUCAAGGUUGCCAUUCAGUGGUGGGAUGGCGUGGUCAAGCCACACCCGCCCAUGCUUCGAGCUCUUCGCGAAGUCGCCGACGCUUGCAAGAAAGCAGGUAUAAAGGAGAUUAUCUCUGGACUAUUCUAUUCGGACGGUAUAAAGGAGGUACUUAGGUUAAUUAGAGAUACUGAUAAACUAUUACUACUAUUAAUUAAGUUUAUUACUAAGGAGCAGCCUAAUAUAAAGGAGUAUAUAGGUUAUACUACUAUCUGGAAUCUCCUUAAUUAUUCUAGAGCUAUUUUCCUAGUUACUACUAUUAACCCUGAAAAUAAUAUAAAAGAUACCAGCUAUAAGCUAUAUAAUAUAGAAGAUCAGUUUAUAUAUAAAUUAUAUAAUACGGAAUAA